CCGCGGAGGUCGCUUCGGCCUUUCCGUCCCGCUGUCCCCGCCGCGCCAUGGAGAAGAGCUCGAGCUGCGAGAGUCUUGGCUCCCAGCCGGCCGCAGCACGGCCGCCCAGCGUGGACUCUCUGUCCAGUUAAUGUGUUAAGAGCCAUUGACAUUUGAAGAUCAUCAGAAGUGAAGAUAAAACAUCUCAAAAAUUAUAAUUGCUUCCACUUCUCAUUCAGAGAAUUCAGUGCAUACAAAAUCAGCUUCUGUAGUAUCAUCGGAUUCCAUUUCAACUUCUGCAGACAACUUUUCUCCUGAUUUGAGGAGAGCACAAGAAGUGGGAGAGGCAGAGGGAGAAUCGGACUCCCUGCUGAUCAAGGACCCCGGCAUGGGGCUGGAUCCCAAGACCCUGGGAUCAUGACCUGAGGUGAAGGUAGACGCUUAACCAAUGGAGCCACCCAGGUCCUGAGGGAAUCUAACAAAUUAGCAGAAAUGGAAGAACCACCCUUGCUUCCAGGAGAAAAUAUUAAAGACAUGGCCAAAGAUGUAACUUACAUAUGUCCAUUCACUGGUGCUGUACGAGGAACUCUGACUGUCACCAAUUACAGGUUAUAUUUUAAAAGCAUGGAACGGGAUCCCCCAUUUGUCCUGGAUGCCUCUCUUGGUGUAAUAAGUAGAGUAGAAAAAAUUGGCGGUGCUUCUAGUCGAGGUGAAAAUUCUUAUGGACUGGAGACUGUGUGUAAGGAUAUUCGGAAUUUACGGUUUGCUCAUAAACCUGAGGGGCGAACAAGAAGAUCCAUCUUUGAGAAUCUAAUGAAAUAUGCAUUUCCUGUCUCUAAUAACCUGCCUCUUUUUGCUUUUGAAUACAAAGAAAUAUUCCCUGAAAAUGGGUGGAAGCUGUAUGACUCUCUUCUAGAGUAUAGAAGACAGGGAAUUCCCAAUGAAAGCUGGAGGAUAACAAAGAUAAAUGAACGUUAUGAGCUUUGUGAUACAUAUCCUGCCCUCUUGGUUGUGCCAGCAAAUAUUCCUGAUGAAGAAUUAAAGAGAGUGGCAUCCUUCAGAUCUAGGGGCCGCAUCCCAGUUUUAUCCUGGAUUCAUCCUGAGAGUCAAGCCACUAUCACUCGGUGUAGCCAGCCCAUGGUAGGAGUGAGUGGAAAGCGAAGCAAAGAGGAUGAAAAAUACCUUCAAGCUAUCAUGGACUCCAAUGCCCAGUCUCAUAAAAUCUUUAUAUUUGAUGCCCGGCCAAGUGUCAAUGCUGUUGCCAAUAAGGCAAAGGGUGGAGGUUAUGAAAGUGAAGAUGCCUAUCAAAAUGCAGAACUAGUUUUCCUGGAUAUUCACAAUAUUCAUGUUAUGAGAGAAUCAUUACGGAAACUUAAGGAGAUUGUGUACCCUAACAUUGAGGAGACUCACUGGUUGUCUAACUUGGAAUCUACUCACUGGCUCGAACAUAUUAAGCUUAUUCUUGCAGGGGCUCUUAGGAUUGCUGACAAAAUAGAGUCCGGAAAGACAUCUGUGGUAGUGCACUGUAGUGACGGUUGGGACCGCACGGCUCAGCUGACUUCUCUUGCCAUGCUCAUGUUGGAUGGAUACUAUCGAAGCAUCCGAGGAUUUGAAGUCCUUAUAGAAAAAGAAUGGUUAAGCUUUGGGCAUCGAUUUCAGCUUAGACUUGGCCAUGGAGAUAAGAACCAUGCAGAUGCAGACAGAUCACCUGUUUUUCUUCAGUUUAUUGACUGUGUCUGGCAAAUGACAAGACAGUUUCCUACAGCAUUUGAAUUCAAUGAAUAUUUUCUCAUUACCAUUUUGGACCAUCUCUACAGCUGCUUAUUUGGAACAUUUCUGUGUAACAGUGAACAUCAGAGAGGAAAAGAGAAUCUUCCUAAAAGGACUGUGUCACUGUGGUCUUAUAUAAAUAGCCAGCUGGAAGACUUCACCAAUCCUCUCUAUGGGAGCUAUUCCAAUCACGUCCUGUAUCCGGUAGCCAGCAUGCGCCACCUAGAGCUCUGGGUGGGGUAUUACGUCAGGUGGAAUCCGCGGAUGAAACCCCAGGAGCCCAUUCACAACAGAUAUAAAGAACUUCUUGCUAAACGAGCAGAGCUUCAGAAAAAAGUAGAGGAGCUGCAGAGAGAAAUUUCCAACCGAUCAACCUCAUCCUCUGAGAGAGCCAGUUCUCCUGCACAGUGUGUCACUCCUGUCCAAACCGUUGUGUGAAAGGACCGUACGAGGGGGUCCAGCGUUGCCAUGAACUCUGGAUUAUAAUGGCAGCUUUAGGAGUUACACAGUCUUCCUAAGUUAGAACCCACCCAUGGGAGAAAUUAAGUUGCUUUAUUUAUUUUAAAUCUCUCUAGGAUGGGUUUAGAACUGUAGCAGUGCAGGUGGUUUAUGUGAAAUAACCCCGUAAUUAUAUGAUUAUGACACUAAUCUUUUGGAAUUUAAAGUGGAUCUGAGAAAGUCACCCAAAGAAUAUGAAGAUGCUUCAAUACCAGACCUACAAUGGGAACAAGUUUCUGAAUUUAAAAUCAAAGUACAGACCACUUCAGAAACAUACCUCUUGAUGGAAGAGAACUCACUGUACAAAGGGAAGGAGCAUCAGUUAUCAUGGCGCACCAGCGCUGCAGUUCCGUGGCAUUAUAUACAUUGAACCUCCAUGUCAUGAAAAAAGCUCAGAAUCAUUUGAUACUCCUUCCCCCAUCAUGGGUUUUUCUAUUCUGGUGUAAAGUGAUUUACUUUGAUCACCUUUCUGCAGCACACACUCUUCAUAUAUGAUAUGGCAAAGUCUUAAGGAUAUUGUGGUGUAGUUAGUAGUUGAAAAUUGUUGUCAUUACUGGCAUACGUAUUUAGGAUGUAGUAGAUAGCGGUUCCAAACUGAUGCCUUAAAGAUUUUCUUGGGGGCAGGGGAGCAGGGUUGAGAGGAGGAAUUGGUAGCCGUCCUGGAUUUCAAAGAAUUCUACACCCUUCAGAUUAGUUUCCAUAGGCCCAAUUACUAGAAACAAUGAAACACAUUUUACAAAUUCAUUAUUAUCUUACUCUGUUGCAUUUAUGUUUUGUGUGUGUGUCUGAACUCAGAAGUUAAUUAGUUUUGAGGAAAUAUUUUAAAAUAAGUUUACUAGGUUUCACUUUUUUUCUGAAGUCUGUAUACAUAGCUUAUGGGUGAGAAAUACUAUGCUCAAAUUUUACAUGAAAUAUUUUACUACUACUUUACUUUGCAAAUUCUGUAAUUCCACUGAAAGAUGAAGUCUACCAAAGAACUUACUGCAUGUGCACAUGUAUUACAAUCUCAAUGCCAGUAAAGGAAAUACUGCUUCACUGUUCGCCCGCCAGUAACAGUUCAGUGCUGGUAUCAUUUGAGUCCCUGGUAUCCUAAGAGCCAUAUGUUAUGUACUGUAACAAAGGAGCUUCUUGUCCCUUGGGUCUUUAAUUAAAAGGAAAUUUCAACCAA